UAAAUUGACACGCCCAUUAUAUUUAUUAUUUUCAGCUCUCUUCCUUUUUCUUCUUCGCUGUCCCUGUACUGCACUAGAAUUGGACAAUUAUCAUGUCCGAAGAGAUAUACGAUGAUCUUGCCGACAACGGUGGCGAAGAGCUGUACGAAGAUCUCGGCCCAGUCGGUGGAGAUAUUCCAUACAACGGGGACCAGAGGCCACUGAGCGGCAUCACAACUCUACCUGCUAAUGUCUCCCUCAACAAGCCACCGCCGGCUACUCCUCCUAGGAACUCGUCGAUGGAUCCCAAGAACAGGACUCUCCCAGCAGGCAAGAGCACCAAACCCGCUCCAGGGCCUCCACCCGCCAUCCCUACUCGAGCCCCUACCACAGCAGUCUCUACUGCACCAGUAAAGAUGAGGAAAGAGCCAGGAAAGAAGGACGCUGCUAAGAGAUCUUCAAAGUCUUCCGCUAAGGGAUCUAGUGGAGGAGGAGGAGGGCUUGAUAUGAACGAAAUACUCAAGAGACGACAGCAGAUGAGCUCUAAAGCCAUCGAGAACUUGGAGCAGAAGAAGCAAGAAGAAGAUGAUGAUGAGAACAAACAUGCAGCCCCGUGGCUGAAGCAGUUAAAGAAGGCAACCCCGACUCCCGGCGAACCCGAGAAGCCAGACAAUAAUGAGGAUGAUGUUCCUGAGUUUAUUAAGAAACGUCGUACGAUGAGCGUUGCUCAGGACUCACAAGAUGAAGACACUCCACCCUCACCUACAGUCGCUGAUCCCAGCCCUGGGACUUCACCUUUUAAAUCCGGCCCUCCACCGGUUGCUAAGAAAAGAGCUGCUACAACAAUCGGUGGACCAUCAACUGGAGCUACUCCUCCACCUGCCCCUGCUCCUAAACCAGCUGCAAAACCGGUCAAACCGGCUAAACCACCUCCAGCUCCCAAGCCAGGAGGAGGUGGUGGUGGAGAGGCUCCUCGUAUUGCUCCAAAACCCAAACCACGAUCAGCUAGCGGGCAGAGUGAAGCAUCAGGUGAAGAGUCACCUCCUCCUCCACCAAAGACGCUCCCACCUCCUUCUAAUCCACCUGCCCCAUCUCCGUCCAUCCCGCGUCCCUCUCCAUCAAAAGGGCACCACUCCCCGCCUACCUUUCGUCCCCCUCCUCCUAACGCGGGUCAGUCCUCUCCUGUUAUCUCUCGGCCUCCUCCUCCUGUAGUAGACCAGCAACCCUCCCCUCCUACCUCUCGUCCUCCUCCUAGUCAACCCGUAGCACCUAAACCUGCACCUAAGCCUCCUGCUCCAGAGCCUAAAGGUCCUCCAUCUUUUAAACCACCUCCUCCAGGGCCUAAUGGCCCACCAUCUUUUAAACCUCCUCCCCCAGAGCCCCAAGGCUCUCCAUCUUUUAAACCACCCCCUCCAGGGCCUAAUGGUCCUCCAUCUUUUAAACCACCCCCUCCAGGGUCUAAUGGUCCUCCAUCUUUUAAACCACCCCCUCCAGGGCCUAAUGGUCCUCCAUCUUUUAAACCACCUCCUCCAGAGUCCCAAGGUCAUCCUCCUCCAUCUUUUAAACCUCCUCCUCCUCCUCCUGCUAUUCCUCCUGAUCCUCCAGUCACUCACGGCGAGGCCACCCCUACUGUGACUGUACUGAGGUACCGAAGACUGCCUUUACCUCCAGUGGAUAUACACAACCCUCCUCCUUUGCCAUCUAGAAACAAUAAACCAAAGAUACCUGCUUUUGCUCAUCGCCCUCCUCCAAUUAUACCGACUGAGUCAAUGGCAGAAAGCGACGGUGAAGACAUUUAUGAUGACACAGCUGCAGUAAUUGAUACAAUAGCUCCAGAGGAAGAAGAGGAUCAGGAGUUAUAUGAUGAUGUGGCUGGAUACAAACCAGCUCCUCCUUUACCUCCGUCCCAGCCACCACCACCUUCCAUCUCUUUACCUCCUCCCCUUCCUCCUUCAAAUGGUUAGCCAUCACACAACACAAUAGAUUGUGAUCACACACAGAGC